GGUCGUUUACUCUGUGAGUCUCAGUAAGACCGCGCGCGUCUCGUCGAACGCACGAGUCGAUUUCUCUCUCUCCAUCGGCUACGAAAUAUUACGCGUCAAAAUACGCCCCAUUUAUCGAAGUGAAUUAACUUUUUUUGUGCUAAACUGAGUGACAGUGUUGUGUUGUUUGUUAUUGGUGCAUUGACACGGAUCUAAGAGCCCAAUUUAGAGGCAAUGCCAUUUUCCUAAAUGCUAAGAGCCAAUUACACUUCACGAACGGAACAACACGCCCAAUGAAUGUAUGGUGAAGGACUGUCAUAAGUGAAAAAGCUUCUCGACUUAUGCCGGCUUAAAAACAUACCCCGUCCUGUAACCCACAGGAAAAAAGGACACGCCAUGACGACACCAAGGACGGUUAUGAUGCUAUGAUUCAGCUUAUGUUAUAACAACAACAUGAAAUGAACAUGGAAUCACCAGUUAGAAUAUUUAUAGGUGUAGCAUUAGUAGUAAACUUACUACUGUUGAGCAGCACUUUAGUUAGUGGCAACGCGUUGCCUCACGAAACGACAUCGACUACAGUAAAAAAUGAGAAGAACACACGACACGAGAAAAUUAACGGUACAACAUGGAACCCGAGAAACAAUAUUAAGAGUCCUGAUACGUCAUUAAACGAAUUAAGUCCUAAAGAAUCGCCAACUGAAGAGCAUACAGAGAAAAAUGCAAAAUACAAACACAGGGGGAGGAUACGAUAUCAAACGCAACUUAAAACUACCACAGAAACUCCAUUGAGAAGAGUUAGGAGUUCGACUAAACCAACAAAUAUAAUAAUCGUUACUCCAACUCCAGAGGUAAAGAAGCCGGCUCAAAUUAUAGACAGUAUGAAAAAAUAUAAAAGAACAAAAUUACCAGUAAUAAUAAGUUCCACUCCCAGUACGUCACUGUCUGCAAAAACUGAAACACAUAGUGAAGAGGAAGAAUAUGACGAAGAAGAUGAAGAAGAUAAAGAAUUUGAAAGAAUUACAUCCGGCAAGUUUGAUAAUAACUUUUUUACUAUACCCAAUUACAAUGAUGACUUUAGUCAUUUCACAGACCACAAAAGUUCAGACAAUCAGGUAAGAGAAAAUUAUAAAACUUCACCUUUCGGAUUUUCUACAUUUUUCCCUAAAGACUCUUAUGAUUCUAAAGAAGAUAACCAUGAAUCUUAUAAUUCUGACAGUUUCUUUGACUUUGAGUUAACAACACCAAAAAAUGACUUUUUUGACAAGAAAUAUCAGGAAAUAUCAGAGGGUAUAUUAAAGAGAUUGAGUUCUAUACCAACUCAUAAACCAACAAAUGCUACUAACGUGCAUAAAAUUGUAAAAGAGAAUAUUGGAUUAGAAAGAGUCAAUAACAAUACACCAACAAAUAAGUCUACAGUAAUUAUAAAAAAUACCAAAGAAAUACGUCUUUUAGAUAAUGAAAGCGCUGGUACUGCUAACAGUGGAAUAUCUGAUGUACAGGGUACUAGUAUUUAUUACGAAAUGUCCGUAUUGUCGACUGAAACAUAUGCUAUAAACCAUUCAGAUGAUGAUUGUGAUAAUGACACGUUGCCUUUAGAUCCCACAAUGAGUUCAUCAUCUGAAGAACAAAUAGCAUCUAUAAAGGCGACACAAGCUACUUUAUUACCGGGAAGUACGAAACCAACAUAUCCUGAUCCAAAACCUUCACACCCCGAUCCGAGUUCUGAGUCUAUAUCAACUUUAUUUACUAAUUAUCUCCCUAUUUCAAGUAUUAAUCCAUCUGUAUAUAAUUCGGUCAGUUCUACACCUGUAUCUGUACAAAAUAAUGUAUAUAGCAUUUCAUCUACUGAAAAACCUACAAAAGCAUUUUCUAGUAGCUAUAAUCGAAACCGAAGUUACCCAAAACGCCUAAACUUCAAUGGAACGAGAGAUUCUCCAAAUAGUGUCACAUCAAAAUCAGAAUCAGCCUCUCAGCGAUCUCAGACAAGAAAAUUCUAUCAUACUACGCCCAAAACAAAAGCCAUAUGGAUGUUGCCACGAAGGAAUAUAACUAAGAUUAAUACAAGACCAGCAACUAUAUACUCUGAGCAUUUUAAUAUAAAGGAUAAAUAUUCUACAACACAUCGUCCCAAGCAACCAAAUAAAACCAUUCUUACUACUGUAUCUUCUGAAAUAGACCCGGUAUUACAGAGCGAUAUUAGUGGUAUAGAGAAGGUCGUUCAUUCUCCAUCUAUAUCUGAUAAUAGUAUUCCCUCACUAUGGAAAAGAGGAUCGACGAAGUUUGCUACGUCCACGGCGACACCAGCUGAGACCGGAGAUAUUAAUGAUAUGGAAAUACCGCCAACUUUGACUGCAUGGGCACUGGCUAGUUUGAGAAGUCCACCAUCUUUGCCAAGUUCAUCAAUAAAUGCAACGGGAUCGACGCAAAAAAGCAUCGAUGAGAAUGAAUUACAGAAAGUGGGAGAAGUUACAGAUAAGAAAGAAGGAAAAAAUACAACUCCUACUUCAACAACAACUACAAAAUUAAAUAAUGACAUUGAAACGAAGAAAAUAGUUGAAGUGGACCAGAAUAAGUUGGGAUGGAAACCAGUAUUCAUACCAGCUUCAACUGACCAGCCCACAAAUCAUGCUAAAACAGAAUUACUACUUACAUCAGAAAGAUUGCCAGCGGAAAGUAACUUGUAUGUAAAAAGUAGUGCACAACCCAGUAUUCCAACCGAAUCUAUUUCAUUAAAACCAACUGAAAUGGUUACAGAACCUUUAAAAAAUGAUAGCAAAAAAUGGGUUUCCGUGACAGAACAUUCAGAUACAACACCGGCGAUAUUAGGAGAAUCGAUUAAAACAGAAGCUGUUCCAAUUAGUUCUACUAAUUUAACAGGUUUUGAAUCUAUUACAAAACUUCCUUCAGAUUUGACAACUCCACAAGAUGAGAUUGUUUCUAACGUACAAGAAAAUCAGUCAAGUGUAAGUGAAAUAAUAACAAAAUUACCUACCACAACUGAUUAUGAGAUAACAACUAUAAGAUUUUCUUACGUACCAACGGAAGAAGUAAUGAAUACUACUGAAAUGAAUAUAACACAAAAACCUUCUACUAGUACUGACUGGCAUCCUGUUUUUCCAACUAGAACUAGAUUGACAACUAUAAACGAUGGUCCUGUUACAACGUACCGGCCUCAGUAUAUGACAACUACCGACUACAAUGAAGAGACAACUACAGAUGUUACUGAAAUUAUUUCUGUAUCUUCAGAAGAUUCGCAUGAAACUGAAUCUGAAAAAUUACCCGAUGUAACGGAAAUGAUUAAACAAACUACCACACAAACUGCAACAAAAACAACAAUAACAACAACAACCGAAGAAUCUACAACGGAACCAAUUAGUACACCAAAUUUAAUACCACUUGAAACUACAACGUCAGAUAACGUUAAAACAACAGUUGCUCCCGAAACUACGUCUAUAGUAACAGAAAUUGUGACAGAAAUAAAUACUGAGAUGCAGCAAAAGUCCACAACGGAAGCGCCAACUACUAUAGUAACUGAAGAAGCAACUGCAACAUCGUCGAGUGAAACUGACUGCACUUCUGAAGAGGACAAUAACAGUAAUGAAGUUAUUACACAAGACUCUUCUGAAUCUACGACUACAGCUCGAACCACAACUAUAAGUACAGGUAUACAAACACAAAUACAAGAUAUAGAUGAAAAAUUAAUAACAACCGAAUCAGGAAUAACGACCACUGAAGUUAAUAUUGUAAAUACACAAGAAUUAACAACACAAAGAGAUAUAGAAACAACUACACAGCGAAAUGCAAAAAUCUACGAUACAACAGUAACGAAUGAGGAUACUACAAUAGAGCUUACAACUGAUUUUGGAACAAAAUCAGUUAACGAUUUGGAGGAUGUCAGCAGUUAUAAUGGGGAGAUGACUACAGAAGCCAGGCCAAGAGUUUCAGGUGAAGGUGAAGAGGAGAGCUCUGGAGCAGCUGUAGCCAUAGCAGUCAGCACAAUUGGUGUUAUUGCGCUAAUUCUGCUUAUUGGACUUUUGCUUAUAGUGCGGCGUCGGGGUCGCCGCGGCGUGUACGCUCAGCGUUGUACGCCGGUGUCCCUGGACGCUUACAGCCUGGACAGUGUCAGCGUUGGCCACAGGAAGGGCAACCACAGGUUGCGCGCCAGCAAGAGGAGUUACGGCAACCCGGCGUACGAUGACGAGGUCACAUCUCAUCCGAUGAACUAUGCUGCGCUCGCCAACUUCGCUCUCGACGUGGACUCCAUAAUUGCCGAGUUCUCGGAGAUCCCGUCGGUGACGGUCCGUCCUGAUGAAGUGCCGCCAGGGUGCGAGGACAAGAAUCGGUACUCCAACGUGCUCCCGCUCCCGGAGACCAGGGUGCCGCUGAAGAGGAUCGGGAACGACCCUACCACGGAGUACAUUAACGCUAAUUACAUAACGGGUCCGGGCAACAUCCGAAACUACUACAUAGCAUGCCAGGCGCCUCUGUCCAACACGGUGGUGGACUUCUGGCGGAUGAUAUGGGAACAGAACUCAAGGCUCAUUGUCAUGCUCACUGAGUACAUGGAGAAUGGUGUGGAAAAAUGCUACGAAUAUUUACCACCAUCUGAAGUAUCAGACAACAAGAGAACCUUUGGGGAUUACCAGAUAAUCCUGAAGAAGCGAGAGCAACGCGAUAAGUACGCUAUAUCCAGCGUCCAACUGAUUAACUUAGCUACCAGAACCUGGAGAGAAGUGACUCACCUCUGGUACUUCUGGCCUGCUAAAGGUGUUCCGGAUGAUUACGAUUCUGUUAUUGACUUCUUGUCGGAAAUGAGGAGUUACAUGAAGAUCUCACAGACUGCCAAAGAAUAUGACGAAGAAGGUGUGGAAGUAAUCUAUGGAGACCAGAACCGGUCAUCAUUUAGUAACUUGUCGAAGCUCCGAAGCGAGGACAGUAGCUCUGGGAAUGGGCUAAACGUGUAUUCCCCAGCCAAGGCUGAGGAGCAGUUGAGGAGGGGAAACGUUACCAAUGGCACUUUGAGUAGGAUGAAAGCAGCUUCAGAAGUUGAGAGCGUGCGCGCGUGCGUGGCGGUGUGCGCGUCGGGCGCGGGGCGCGCGGCGGCGCUGCUGGCGGCCGACGUGUGCGCGCGCGCGCUGGCCGCCGGCGCCUGCGACGUGCCGCGCGUCGUGCGCGAGUUGCGCGCGCAGCGUCCACACUCGCUCACCAACCGACACCACUACAUCUUCCUCUAUAAGUUAUUAAGUGAAUACGGCAACAAACUGAUGGGAGGCGGUGUGGAUACUAUAUGAAAAUGUACAGUAACAGCAUUUGAAAUGAGCGCAUAUACGAAUGCAUUUUUCUCUCGAAAUGUCUACAUGAUGGAGGCUUUUUGGCGCGGAACGGCUUUACGUGAUUUUCUAAAAAUUACGCUUCUAGCUAAGCGCUGUUUCAUUUCGCGGUAAAUUAUUUGAACAAAACCAUAAAGGGGGGGGGGUCCAUUAAUUACAUGAACAAAUUGACUUUAAGGUUAUUUACCAGAGGGUUUGACUCUUUAAAAGUCGCAUAAUGCAUUGCAAAUACGCAAUUGGGCCAUAACGUGGCGAAAAAAAAAACACUUCAUGGACUUUUUGCAUCACGUUAAGUCUCGAUUGUGUAUUUGAAAUAUGUGUAAACAAUACGUAAGUUUAAAAUUAAUUAUUUCAAACCGUAAAAUGUACUCUUAUACAUAGCUCAUAGCUGAAAGUGAAGGUCAUGAUACUAGGGUGGAAUGAGUUUGCUCCCCCCCCCAUUAAAUAUGCCCAUCCGCGAGCUUCAAAAAGGAAGGAAGGAGGUAGGUUCUGUGAAAAUCUGACUAAGUUCUAUAUUAGGAGAGGUCAAUGGGAAUUUUAUAUGUUUUUAAUAUAGUUUUAUUUUACGAAUCAAAUAGAUCAGUGUUAUAGGAAGUAUGUUAUGGGAAGUAAAAUGCAUCAAUAUAUUAUGGAAUAAAAAAUAUUUAAAAACACACAUAAACAGUGGGAAGAUCCAGUAUAUUUUGUUGAAUCUCACCAUGAGGGGUGUGGGGGUGUUUGAAUUAAGAAAGCAGCUUUUGUAAUUUAGAGAUACUUCCCUAAAGAAUCUUGCGCAGUACACUUUUUUAAAAUAAAUCAGUUACUGCGCAUGUCAUGUGGUGCUAGACCAUGUUCAAGUUAUUUGCCGGUAUCUAUAUCCUAGUUUUACAAGGUAACUUUUUUUUUUUAUAUUUGCGUUAAAUCUUGUAAAAAUAUAUACCAGAGCUUGCCAAAGCAGGAGCCACUAUUUUUUCUUGUUUUACCACAGAUAAGAAAAAUUUCCUUUUAUUACAUUAUUAUGGAAGAAUAUUUUUUAUACAUUUUUUUUAAUUAACGUAUUUAUUUUCCUUCAAUCUAUUUUGUGAUAGAAGGCUAUCGCGGAUCCCUCAUUGUGGGCACGACGAGCAAGACUACAACCCUAAUAAACUUUUGACGUCAUACCUUCUCAGUCUGUUAAGGUCUAAGGCUGAUGAUAUCAUCCAUCCAAUGCCUUAAUAUUUUUAAUACUUUUGUAACUUUGGAGAGCGAACAAAUUAAUAUUUUAUAGGUUUAUUAAUUUACUAAUGUUUGCCCCACGACUUUGCUUAUGGGGAACUAUAAAAGAAUCUCGAUCAGAGAUUUACAGUAAUGUACUAUAUCAAUCAUGAACGAGUUCAUAUUUCGAUUCGUACUCGACUGAUUUUUCGGUAGCUGUGACCACAACCUUU